AUGCUGGAAGAUAUCCAAAGCGAUGAUCCUUUCGUUCGGUCCCGUGCGGUCCAAAGCCUUGCUUCGUUGUCACCGUUGAUGCAAGACCUCGCGCAGUCCAAGAAAACCGUCUAUUAUACUGCUGGGAAAUUCAAAUCCCUUCAAGACGCGUGUGCCAUUCUGGAGGUAACGCAUAAGACGCAUGAACACAUUUGGGAUCGGCAAGACAUCGACGAUGUUCACUCAGUUACCCUCUCCCCUGAUGUGGACAGUGUGAUCCAGCGACUUCAUCACUCUGAAUAUCACAAUCGACAACUCGGAAUCCUCCACGUUGAUCUUCUAGUCGGUAAGAAGCAUAUCACUAGCCAUGCCGACUGGCUACUUUGCCACGAUGAUCCUCGAUAUAGCAUUGACUCGAAGUUGGUUGCCAUAGAGGCUAAGCGGAGCUACGAAUUUUCUAAUGCCGAUUGCCAACUAGCUACGUAUCUUACAGCUAUACAGGCGAGUCGGGCCAAAAUUUCAAAAGUCCAUGCUAUUGCGUUCGGGAUCAUGACAGACGCCAAUAGAUUUCGGUUUUGGUUUGUAGACUCUGAACGGCGGCUUUUCUCUUCUCCUACGUUUGACUGGCGUGUCCAGAAAGCUAAGAUUAUCACAUGGAUCGACAAAAUGCUCGCCGAGGCGGUUGAGGCUUCACGAAAUGUCUCUCCAAGCAACUGGGAGAAGGAUUUCCGACAGCGUCAGUUGUUGAGUUUUGAACCAGACGGUUCCCCUUCGACCGAGGGAGUCCCCUUCGAUAUUAUUGCUCCAGACUCGAGCCACAUCGUCGGGACUGCAUGGUACCGAGGCCGAAGGGUCGUCGUCGUCGAAUAA